UAGGCAACCGUGAUGAGAACUGUAUGCCCACUGUAUUUCUGAUAGUGUUAAGUUGACUUCUCUAUGAAACGAGUAAAUUGGGUACAAAAAUUGUUGCAUUUUAAUUCCCGACUUUCAAUUGUGUUAUGCGAUCCAUAGUUGCCCGCUGCUUGAGUUUUUGUUCGGGCAGCAAAUUAGCCCUCGAAAUGUAAUGCUGGGAAAUAGCCGGUUCUGCGGAAUGCCAUAUAAAUACAUAAAGACAUUAGAAUCUCAAGACAAUUACAACUUUCUUGAUGCUUAGUUUGACGUGCGCUUCAGUUAUCGUAAUUAAGUGUUGAAUAACACUCGUUAUCUAAUUGCUUUGGAAUGUUUUGUGUUUAUGUUCAGGGUAGUGAAAGCUUGAACUAAUGCUUCAAACUUUACGUUUUAUUUAUGUCCGCCCUUUUGCACAUAUACGUUUAGUGUUUUGUGGACGGUAAAAUGUAUUUUGUUUGUUUUAAAACAUUUUAAAAAGCUAUCUUCAGUUUAGCAUGUUCAUGUUUAUGACAGCUUAUGGAAAUGAAGAGAUCUGUGACCUGUUUAAAGUAGAGGGAUAUGAACAGCAGAAGUAGUUUGGAAGCUGCUUGUGAGGCUGCAGCCAAAGUCAAUGCUGUGCUUAUAGCAAAAGGGAAACUGAAGCAGCCAUCACCACAAAUAAUCAAGGUUGGUAACAGUUUUCGGACAUCUGCAGACUUAUUUACUUCUGAGUACGAAAUAAACGACGCUCCUAUUGCUGCUCGCAAUUUGCUCACUAAAGGUCACACUCAGGAAGAGAUUAACCAGUUCUCAGGAGCUGCUGUUUCUACAAGGGGCAGAUAUCUAACGCCGGAAGAGAGAGCUCGCAAUCUUGGUGAAAGACCCCUGUAUCUCUACAUUCAAGCAUCAACAAAACAAUCAAUAGAUUUGGCUCUGCAGAAAAUAGAAGAACUGGUGCAACAGCAGCAACACAUGGAUCAACUGGCAUUGGGACGGUCAAGUAAAUUCAAGUUGGGGCCUCCCCAGCAACAAAACAUGCCUCCACCUCUUAUGAGCCUUCAUACUGCUCUGCCAACUAUGAAAUCUCUUCUGCCUUGGAACACACAAAUGGACCGUUUAACGGAAAAAGUUGUUGUUGGCCUCGAUCAUGCACCACCUUCAUUUGACUUGAGGAACAAGUUGAUUGGCCAAGGAGGUGCGAAUCUGCAUUAUAUUCGGAAUGAAACAGGUGCCAUGGUGACCUUGCGCGGGAAAGGCUCGGGGUUCAUUGAGCCUGGAACAGGCACUGAGACAAUGGAGCCUUUGCAUCUGUGUGUUGAACAUCCAAAAUUUGAAAGUCGUCAAGCUGCUCGACAACUUGCUGCAAAUCUUGUGGAAACUAUGCAACAAGAAUUUAUUCAGUUUCAACAGCAGCAACACCAGCAGCAGCAACAACAGCAACAGCAGCAACAGCAGCAACAGCAGCAACAACAGCAGCAACAGCAGCAACAACCACCUCCACCUCAGCAAGUUAGCCAGCAACCAAUGGGCAGCUUGGCUUUGCAACAUGCUCAAAUUCAAGCCGUGAACGUUGGAGGUCUGCCACAACCAGGACUAGUGACUCUUCAACCCCAAGAAUUAAUGCAGCAACAGCCAGGUACUUUACCAGGACUUGUCACUACCUCCAUCGCACUUCCAGUGGUCUCCAGUGUACCAAAUAUUUUCACCAAUCACAUGAGUCAACCUGUUUCCUUCACAGUAGCACAACUGUCAGGACCUCCUCCCCUGCUGGGAGUUCCACCGGUACCUCCGCCUCAUCUCACUUCUGCGCAGCCAGUUCCACCACAACUGCAGGCUCAACAACCACCACAAGCACCUCCGCCACAGAUGCCACCUUCAGUGGCACAGGCACAGGCUCCACCACCUCCACAAGCACUUCUGGCGCAGCAAGUGCAGCUACCGCCCCCAGGUUUACACAUCCCAACUCACCAGGGCCCUUUGGUGCCCCCACAGCAACCUCCACAGCAGGCGCCGCCCCCUCAGCCAACACAGUCUCCGCAGCAGCAUCUGCAGGCAAGUUGGAAC